GUUUGCCGUAUUUGGCUAAAACCCCGGUCGCAAAUAUUUUGGAAAGAGACUUGCCAAGAUUGGCAAGAAAAGGACUGGAAUGAGAAUUUUCGCAUGUCUAAAAAAGCAUUUAAUCGCCUUUGCCGAGAACUUUCGCCACAUAUCUCUAAAAUGGACACCAAUUACAGGAAAGCCAUUACAGUGCGUCAUCGAGUCGCCAUAACACGGCUCACUCUCGAACGAUCGGAAAUCUAUUUGGUGUCAGAAAAUCCACUGUUUGUGGUAUUGUGCGACAAGUAUGCGAGGUGAUAGUGAACGUUCUUCCCAAUUGUAUAAACGUUCCCCAAAAUCAAAAUGAGGUCCAAGAAAAAAUUGAAGGUGUUAAAAGUCGCGCGGGUUUUCCCCAGGUGGUUGCAGCAUUCGAUGUUUGCCAUGUCCCAAUCAUUGGACCUCGGCAAAGUCCAGAUGAUUAUGUUUACAGGAAGGGAUUUCCCUCAUUAAUCCUUCAGGAGCUAGUAGAUUGUAAUUAUCUAUUUCUUGAUAUAUGUGUUGGAUGGCCGGGUAAAGUACACGACGCACGCGUCUUCAAGAACUCUCCAUUGUUUGCCAUGUGUUGUGCCAGAGCUUUUCUUCCGCUCGACAUGUCGGUGAUGAUAUCUGGUGAACAUGUUCUUCCCCUGAUAUUAGGUGACUCAGCUUAUGUCCUCAGCAACUGGCUGAUGAAACCAUAUAUUGAUCGUGGAAAUCUGACCCCGGAGGAAUGCAGUUUCAACAUAAAACACAACACGACUAGAGUA